CUGCUGUUGGAUGAAUUUACUCGAGGAUGAGACGCAUUCAAGACCAUCCAAGAUCGGUCCACGAGGCAGCAGCAACAACAGCAGCAGAUGCACUGUAGAGCAGCAAUGGUCAAGUCAGCGAGAACCGCAGUGGAGCCGCACUGAGGCAGAGCAGCCAACCAGCCCCCUCAUAUCUGGGGACGUCUCCGACAAUCUAAGGGGUGUGGGAAGCUGAGGAGUGGAAAAUUUCCCCCUGAACCUGAAUGCCUGCUCAGUCAGACUAACUGACAUCCCAACACAACUCCUUCUCCUCCUCCUCCUCAUCUUCCAACUCCUCCUCCCAAACAUGACUGUGGUAGCAGGAGACAACAUGGACGAGACCUCAGCUGUCCCCGGCCACCCUCAGGACCCCUACCCUCCAGACCACAAUGACCACGAAUGUUGCGAGAGAGUGGUCAUCAACAUAGCGGGUCUACGGUUUGAGACUCAGUUGAAAACUCUUUCCCAGUUUCCAGAGACAUUGCUAGGCAACCCCAAAAAGCGCAUGCGGUACUUUGACCCUCUGAGAAACGAAUACUUCUUUGACAGAAACCGCCCCAGUUUUGAUGCCAUCCUCUACUACUACCAGUCAGGGGGUCGGCUGAGAAGACCAGUGAACGUCCCUUUGGAUAUGUUCUCAGAAGAAAUCAAAUUCUAUGAGCUUGGAGUGGACGCCAUGGAGAGGUUUCGUGAGGAUGAGGGUUUCAUCCGGGAGGAAGAGCGCCCUUUGCCGGAGAAGGAGUUCCAGCGUCAGAUUUGGCUCCUCUUUGAGCAUCCAGAAAGCUCAGGCACCGCCAGAGGGAUUGCCAUUGUGUCUGUGAUGGUGAUCCUGAUUUCAAUAGUCAUAUUUUGUUUAGAAACUUUACCACAGCUGAAAGAGGACCCAACGGCUCGAAUUGUGGGGAAUUCAACUAUUUAUAUCAAGCCAAACAUCCUCACUGACCCCUUCUUCCUCAUUGAGACACUCUGUAUAAUCUGGUUCUCCUUUGAGUUGAUAGUUCGUUUUCUGGCAUGCCCAAGUAAACCGGCCUUCUUCAAGAAUAUGAUGAACAUGAUCGACAUUGUGGCUAUUAUCCCUUACUUCAUUACACUUGGCACAGAGCUGGCAGAAGACCCAGACCAAGAGAGUGUGGGGGAGCAGGCAACAUCUCUGGCCAUACUCAGGGUUAUCCGUCUGGUCAGAGUAUUUAGGAUCUUCAAGCUGUCGCGACACUCUAAAGGACUUCAGAUUUUGGGGCAGACCCUUAAAGCCAGCAUGCGAGAGCUGGGAUUGCUGAUCUUCUUUCUGUUCAUUGGAGUCAUCUUGUUCUCUAGCGCUGUAUACUUUGCGGAAGCGGAGGAGCAAGGAUCCUACUUUGGAAGCAUCCCAGAUGCAUUUUGGUGGGCUGUUGUGUCUAUGACAACUGUGGGCUACGGGGACAUGGUUCCAGUCACAAUAGGAGGCAAGAUAGUGGGAUCUCUGUGCGCCAUCGCUGGAGUGUUGACAAUUGCACUCCCAGUGCCAGUCAUUGUGUCCAACUUCAACUACUUCUACCACAGGGAGACUGAGGGAGAAGAGCAGGCCCAGCUGCUUAACGUCAGCAAUCCCCCCUCUGAAACCAACUCAAGCCGCCGUAGUUCAUCCACCGUCAGCAAGUCUGAGUACAUGGAGAUUGAUGGAGACAUAAACAAUAGCAUCGAUAACUUUAGGGAGGCAAACCUCAGAACUGGCAAUUGCACUAUAGCCAACCAAAACUGUGUAAAUAAAAGCAAGCUGCUUACAGAUGUUUAGACACUAGUUAGGAACUUUGGAAACUCUAUGGGACUGUCAUGUGGAGUAGACCAUCAGUUAGGAAUGCUUCAUUUACCUCCUCAAAGCACUCUAUGGCAUUAGGCCUACAACUAUCCUCAGCUAUAUAGAAAGGAAACAGAAAAAAAAACAAAGUUGUUAGAGUGUAUGACAGGUAGUUAGAAUAAUUAAUUCUUCAGAUCCUACAAAUAUAUAGGUAUAUCAAAAAGAAACCAUUGAUUACUGCGCUUAUACAAUGCUCCCUGGAGGAUGCAGAGCACACAUUGUCCCAUCAGACAACAGCGUGAUGAUUAAAACCAUAUGCAUGGAGUACAGAUAACAUUUCAGCAAGUUGCACAAUGCACCAGAAACGUCUGCAGAGACAUGCAAGCAUCUGCAGUCAAGUGGUAAGCACCAAGAAGUGAACCCCCCCUCCACCACCACCCUCUUUCUUCUCUUCCGACAAAAGGAUCAACUAUUCAGCAAAGCACCUUAUAGGAGGAAGACUGAUCUCUCUUGUUUGGAUGUAAACAGAUGGUGAUCUACUUGCUUCACGAACAUCCGCAAUGCUGCUGUUUUCCGGCAGUUGCCGUAAUUGUGAUAUCACCAAGUGAUUCAAUGCCAUGCCCUUUAGAUGCAACACAGCACAAUGAGAAAGUGAGCUUCACAUGAGCAUGAUUAGAGACUUUCCAUUUUGAUAUUGGCAUGCUUGAGACAUAUCUCUCACAUAAUGGAAAGGAUCUUCUUUUGGAUACCUGCCUCCAUCCAAACCCUCCUCAUCUGUUUUCAUACUGAGUGCACUGGAUGAGUUUUUAAUUUGAAAUGCUAAUCAUUUAGAAGUAUAGAAACUGAAUGUUAAAUCUUAAGGGAACAGUUACAUAAAUGAGAUCAUAGCAUGAAAAAAAGUAACCUGCAUUAUGGUCUACUGACUACGGUACUUUUGUAACCUGGUAUAUUUAAUGCAUGACAUGAGUAUACAGCUUGUUGCAAUUCAGGCACUCUUCAGUGCCCUAUACUGUCAGGGAAACUAAGGAAAUCAAAUUCUGGAUGUUUCUGAAUUGCGAUCAAAUAUAUUCAAACCCAACAUGAGGAUGCAGAGUUUCUAAUUUAAAAAGUAGACAAAGAAAAUAAAUAGAUAUUAUCAAAAAUGCAUAUAAUCAUAAUAAGCACCAAUUACAGUAUUACAUCGAUAGUGCAGUGCAUGGACCUUCUACGACGAAGGAAAAUUAUUAGUCAUGCUUCCAUCUCCAUGUCAAAUUUUAGUACAUAUUGUUUUGGACACAACUCGAGAAAAAAGAUCAUGACCAAAUUUCAAUUCAUAUCACCGGAAAUUAUUCUGACAUUAGUUGCUAGUGCCUUUAUCCCCUUCACCAACAGGACCAGUGAAAGUGCCUCUGUGUACAAAGGUAUUGUUGAGGUUGAGCAGAGCUGGUUUACCUUCUGUUUGCGUUUCAGGACACUGUUGGUCACAAAGAGAAGCAAGGUUGACAUUAAAAUAGAUGAACAUAGUAAAAACAACAACAACCGACAGAUGAUCCAUGGCUGUCACGCACAACCCAGUUUCCAUGCACUUAAUUAUGCCCUUAUGCAGCAAUGUAUUGUACUUUGCAUUUUUACAAAUCAUAUUCAAAAAAGGGAAUAUCACUCUGAUUUCAGCGUCUUUUCAUUUCUGUCUGUUUGGGUUUUGUGCACCAUGCAUCCUUUCAGGGUCUCUACCUCAGUGAGGUCAUUGCAAACUUGCUGUAGAGUUGCAAGCUUCAAUGCAGGGCUUCCUAUACCAUAAUGCAAAAUGGAACCUUAAGUGUAAACAGCAGUCAUGCAAUAUUGAAUGUGAGAGUCCCAAAGCAUCGCCUUUACACAAGCACUUAGGACAAAUAGUGUACCAGACUCCUGCUCCUUUUGUUCACUUAAAGCUACGCACAAUCAGAACAUUCAUUUAUAGAUAGAGUUUAUAGAGAUUGUGUGACUCUCCUAGCAGGAUGAGAUUGACUGUUUUAUACUUACUUUCUUUGAAAUAGUGGUAUAUGAGGAUAUUGUUGUUUGAGGGUGUGUUUCAAACAUGU